AUGCAGACCGCGGAGGACUUUGAUCAGAUCGGCGGCACGGAACCGCGAACGCCGGAUUCCCCCGAGCAGACCGACUUACCAUCAGACGGGGGGGAACACGGGCUGGCAUUUUGGCAGGGGCUCGCGGAGGAGGCGACAGAAGCAGCCGGAUUGUCGGACGCCAUAGGGAUCGAUGAAAACGCCCCCCCACCGUAUGCGUUUGAAAAUAGCCCCGAACCGCGUGUGCAGGGUGGAAAGGAGGAGGCGGGGGGCGGAAAUGCCGACGGCUUGCUUAACAACGCAUGCACGGGCGAGCGGGGAGAAUGGGCCGCCCCCGCAGAGGAGCGCUUUGGUCUCCUGCACGACUUGCUGGAAGUGAACAAAAGAAUCCAGCCUAUGGUCCCCGUGCAAACUUCACUGCCCAUGAACUCGAUGAUACCAAGAGGACAACCCUGUGCAGUGCUCGACAUCAAAGGCUGCUUCUUUUCUAUUCCCCUGCAAGAAGACGACAAGGAGCAUUUUGCCUUCUCCAUCGUCUUCCCAAAUAGCCAGCGGCCCAACCUACGUUUCCAAUGGAGGAUGCUUCCACAAGGGAUGGUCAACUCUGCCACCAUCUGCCAGAUCACAGUUGACCGAGCGCUCGCACCAGUCCAGCAGAGCAAUCCGACUGUGACCAUCAUGCAGUACAUGAACGACAUCCUGAUCGCCGCGCCAUCAACAAGACAAGUGGACCAGUUGGUAUCAACCAUCUCCGAGACCUUAAAGACAAAUGGCUUUGAGGUAGCGAGUGCGAAAAUAAAAAAGGGACUGUGCGUGACCUUUCUAGGAGUGGGAAUCACAAGCUCCUACAUAACUCCUCCCCAGAUGAAAAUCCGCCGGGACAUCAAGAUGCUCCACAACGUGCAACAGCUGGUAGGGUCCGUACAGUGGCUCCGCAACAUCGUCCUGAUUCCUCCCAAGGUCAUGGACCCUCUAAAUGACCUCUUGAAAGGGAAGAACCCAUGGGAGCAGAAAACCCUGAUACCGGGAGCGAUAAGCUCCCUCAACUUCAUCGAACGCUUUGGAGGAGAGAUUCACUAUGCAGGAAAACCCCCUUGGACUCGGCUGCUCACGGUCAUCGAUAUCGACCUCCCACCAAAAGUAAUCAACCGACCGCAGGCGGGACCAACCAUCUUCACGGACGCAUCAUCGCAGACCUCCACCGUGGCGGCACUCUGCCUAGCCAUGUCCGGACCAGGUGUGUCAGUCUCCACAGUGGCAACGAUGCUGGAGGAAGCACUCUAUUCACGGAAAGGCACCAUAUCAGUCAUCCACGUCAACAGCCAUGACCCGAUCAAAGGAUUCUACCAAAUAGGCAACGACAUGGCUGACGCCGCAGCAAAGGGCAUAUGGACACUGAAAGAAGCUCGUCAGUUGCACGAAUCCCUUCACAUCGGAGCUAAAGCGCUUGCGAAAAGAGUCCUGUAUCACCAGGAAGAAGAGGUGUACCGCUUGUUCGAGGAACCCAACCGGCUCCACAAACGAGAAGUGAUAACAGGCGUCACCAUCGCAAUGCUCCUCGGUUUAGGAGCUACCGGCGCUGCCACAGGCAUCUCGGCCCUUGCAACACAACAUCAGGGACUGGCACAACUAAAGAUGACAGUCGACGAGGACUUGUCAAAACAAGCAGCACCGAUUGUUGUUGAACUUAAAGUUGGAGCAAAACCGGUGAAAAGAAAACAAUACCCUUUGAGGAUAGAAGACAAGAAGGGGAUUGAGCCCAUAAUCGAAAGGUUUUUGGAACUAGGAUUAUUGGUAGAAUGCGAAUCGGAUUUUAACACACCAAUCCUGCCAGUAAAGAAACCUAAUGGGGCUUAUAGGCUAGUUCAGGAUCUGAGAGCAGUAAACGAAAUAACUAAGACAUUACAUCCGGUGGUUGCUAACCCAUACACACUUCUAACUAGACUAAAGGAUAAUUUGGCCUGGUUCACCAUAUUAGAUUUGAAAGAUGCAUUUUUCUGCCUUCCCCUAGCCCCUGAGAGUCAAAAGAUCUUUGCUUUUGAGUGGGAGUCUGUAGAUAGAGGGAGAAAGACCCAACUCACCUGGAAGGUAUUACCCCAAGGAUGGACCAAUUCCCCCACGAUUUUUGGGAACCAGCUAGCCAAAGAAUUAGAACAGUGGGAAAGGCCGCUGGGAGAUGGUACCCUUUUGCAGUACGUAGACGACCUCCUAAUAGCAACGGUGACAGAGGAAGAAUGCAUUGAAUGGACCAUUUCCUUGCUAAAUUUCCUGGGUUUAAGCGGAUAUCGAGUCUCUCAACAGAAAGCACAGCUGGUGCAAAAGGAAGUGAUAUACAUGGGAUACAAAGUCUCCAGAGGACAGCGAUCCCUGGGAGCAGCUAGGAAAGAGGCCAUCUGCCAGAUGCCUAAACCAGAGACGGUGAGAGAUCUGCGAGCCUUUCUGGGGAUGACAGGUUGGUGUCGGCUAUGGAUCUACCAGUACGGGAUACUCGCUAAACCACUGUAUGAUUUGUUGAAGGGAUCCAAGAAUGUCCUAGUGUGGACUCCUGAAGCAGAAGGGGCCUUCAAGAAGUUAAAGCUGGAACUAAUGAGAGCACCAGCCUUAGGUCUCCCAGAUGUAUCAAAACCAUUCUGGCUGUUCUCCCAUGAGCGACAAGGGAUGGCCCUAGGAGUCCUAGCACAGCAGUUGGGACCACAUAAGAGAGCUGUGGCCUACUUCUCCAAGCAGCUAGAUGAAGUAAGUAAAGGAUGGCCAGGCUGUCUGAGGGCAGUAGCCGCAGUGAUAAUUAACAUAGAAGAGGCCAGGAAGCUCACGUUGGGUCAAGUGACUGUGCUAGUAUCUCACACUGUGUCGGCUGUGCUGGAACAGAAAGGCAAUCAUUGGUUGUCGCCCUCCAGAUUCCUAAAAUACCAGGCCAUCCUGGCUGAAUCAGAUGACGUAACUAUUCAGGUAACUAACAUUGUGAACCCAGCUUCAUUUCUAGAAGGGAGAGCCCCAGCAGAAUCCAUCGAACACCACUGCCUAGAAACAAUUGAAGCCGUCUACUCCAGUCGUCCGGAUCUCAAAGAGGAGCCGUUCGAAGAUGCAGACAACUGGUUCUCGGAUGGCAGCAGCUUCAUGAAGCAGGGAAUAAGAAUGGCUGGCUAUGCAGUCACUACCACAGAAAGAGUAAUUGAGUCAAACCCUUUGCCUGCAGGGACCUCAGCCCAAAAGGCAGAGCUGAUAGCUCUGACUCGAGCUCUGGAAUUGGCAGAGAACAUGCAAAUUAAUAUAUGGACAGACUCUAAAUAUGCCUUUUCCGUUGUACAUGCCCAUGGGGCCAUCUGGAAAGAAAGAGGACUGUUGACUACGCAAGGGAAAACAGUCAAGCAUGCAGAGGAGGUUCUACGAUUGCUAAAGGCGGUCCAACUCCCAGCACAAGUGGCCAUAAUGCAUUGUAAGGGACACCUGAAAG